UUAACCGAGCAGACGCCAGGGGAUAUCAGGGUUAUGAGCUCACUGAAAAAAACACCACUGGCAAGCACAGGGAGCAGCGCAGCGAAGACUAUACUGUUAAGAGAAAAUAUGAAUUCACCUCUCCAGUGGUGCCAAUUACGCACAGAGAUGCGCUGAGCAACUUCAUUAAGAAAAAAACACCACAAAAGCUCUUUAAUCGAGGACCUGUACUCUGGCUGUCACCAAUGACGGUCACCUACACGGCCAGAGUUGCAAAUGCCCGUUUCUGUGGCUUCUCCAAGCUGCUUUUGGCCUGGAAAGGCAGCAUCUACAAGGUUUUAUAUAAAGAGUUCCUGGCUUUCUUUGCCAUGUAUACCGCCAUCAGCAUCACUUACAGGUUUUUCCUGUAUGAUGACCAGAAGAGGUAUUUUGAAAAGCUGGCCAUUUACUGCAACCACUACGCCAGUCUCAUCCCUAUGUCAUUUGUACUGGGCUUUUAUGUGACCCUGGUGGUGAAUCGGUGGUGGAGCCAGUACACAAGCAUCCCGCUCCCUGACAGGCUCAUGUGCGUCCUGUCAGGGGGCCUCCAGGGGAGCGACGAGCGGGGCCGCCUGCUGAGACGAACCAUGAUGCGUUAUGCCAGUCUGUCGGCCCUGCUCAUCCUCCGCUCCGUCAGCACAGCCGUAUUUAAACGUUUCCCCACCAUGGACCACGUGGUGGAGGCUGGAUUCAUGUCAAGAGAGGAACGGAAGAAGUUCGAGGGUCUCCACUCUCCUUAUAACAAAUACUGGAUCCCCUGCGUUUGGUUCACCAACCUGGCGGCUGUGGCCCGCUGCGAGGGCAGGAUUAAAGACGAUCACACACUCAAACUGCUGCUGGAGGAGCUGAAUGCGUUCAGAGGGAAGUGCAGCAUGCUGUUUCAUUACGACAUGAUCAGUGUUCCCCUAGUCUACACUCAGGUGGUGACUUUGGCAGUUUACAGUUUUUUCCUGGUGUGUCUAAUUGGUCGCCAGUUCCUGGACCCCAAUCAAGGCUAUCCAGGUCAUGACCUUGACCUCUAUGUGCCCAUCUUCACCCUGCUACAGUUCUUCUUUUAUGCUGGGUGGCUUAAGGUUGCAGAGCAGCUGAUAAACCCUUUUGGAGAAGAUGAUGAUGACUUUGAGACCAACUGGCUGAUAGACAGAAAUUUCCAGGUGUCCAUGAUGGCGGUGGACGAGAUGUAUGGAGAUCUGCCGAUGAUGGAGAGAGAUCGCUACUGGAAUGACUCCAACCCUAGACCCCCUUACACCGCUGCCACUCUCUUUGUCCUCCGCAAACCUUCCUUCCAAGGGUCUACUUUCGACAUGGCGAUCCCUAAAGAGGAAAUGCACUUCCAGCCUCUGGAGGACAUUGCUGAAAAUCUGGAGGAGUCCGGCAUUCGUCACCCCAACAUGGCCCUUUUCAACCGCCUACUCAACGCGGCCCCCUCCCCUAGUGGCCUCAUGGGAGGUGCUCUUCGCCGUACCUCAGCACAACUGCAGAGGCUACGUCACUCCCCCAGCAUUGACCAAUGCACCAGCGAUGAUGAUGAUGACAAUGAAAGUUGUAAAAUAGGUAAAGGUGGGUCUCUGCCAUCAGGGCUGGGGCAGGAAACCCAGAGCACCGUGUGCAGUUUCAGGGAGGAGAAGAGCGCCAGAACACCUCUGCUGGAGGUCCACUUUGGGGCGGAGCAGGAGAGGCGAGGAGGGCACCCUGCCAUUAAUGAGAAGGAGGAGAUUAGUGGAGUGGAGGGGAAGAAUGAUGAAGAAUGGCAGAUGAAGGAGGAAAGAUGGAAAGCAGAAAGCCGGGAGCACCAAGCUCCAUUGUCACUGCUUCCUCCUCCCCCCCAGUCCUCAAGAGAAACGUUCACUCGACCAGCUUCCGCCAUUCCCAUCACCUCCCGUCACCCCUCUGCCUUUCUCUUUCAGCCGGCUACCAAUGCCAGUCUGGAGCACUGCAGCUCCCAGCCAGCUAUUAACCAAAAUCGAGCUGUGCCUGCCAUUCCUAAACCUCCCCUAGGUGGAAACAAAAUGUCCUUUCUCACUGUGCCGUCGUACGACGAACCUCAGCGUUUUCGGAGUGUGAGCAUGGGUUCAGAGCUCACUGGGUCUUAGGUGGACAAUAGGUUGUGAUGUUCCCAUGUCCUUUUGACUGUAUGAAACCAUAAUGCUCAAUUCAGUGCACAUUUUCACGAGUGAUAUUAGUCAUAGAUGGAACUGGGCUUCCACUUUUACUUUGAAUCUGCAGCACUUUUGGAUUGACCUGCUUUUGGAAAUUAAAAAAGCAAAGAAAUUAAACAUUUUUUAACUUGUACUCCCAGAUUUUAUAGCUCCCUAUAUUUCCGUAUAUUAUUUAUAGCUCCCUAUAUUUCAAAAAUAUCCUCUCACCUCACUGAUGAAUUUAGGUAGGCCUACACUAUAGGCAUAACUAAUAUAUCGGUUUCAUCUAUGUGUAUUCUGUAAUACAAUACAAUAGUAUUGUUAUUGUGUAAUACUCUGUGUAUUUAAAUACAGACAUUACAUGUUUAUGCUAAGCUAGGCUAAACAAGUUUCAUCAUGUUUAGCCUAGCUUAGCACAGUAACUGGAGGCAGGGGAGAUUGCCUGCAUCAAAAAAGGCGUAAACGACUCCAAAAGUUAACGUUACAUAUUAUGUCUUAGCUGCUAGCAGUGCACCCAAGAGUCACCAGGGUGUGAUUUAGAGUUGGUAAAGUCCAAAGUUUCAUCAAGGGGCAGGACUUUGGAGGUGUCAUAAGCUAGCUUACUAAUUGGCUAUCUUCUUAGUAAUUAAGCUGCUCAGUGCCAGUGGGGUUUUAUUGUUAUGUUUGUUAAAUACAGAAAAUACUACAUAAUGAGAGAGCUUUGGAGUUGCUGCGAGGCAAUAAUGGCAGAGUUAGAUGUUUCCCCCUUCUUUCAGUCUUUGUGCUAAGCUAGGCUAAACAUGGCAAAGCUACUGUUUACUGAAGAGGUGAAACUGAAACCAAUUGUUGCUCAAAGAGUGUGUGUUUAAAGAAAAAUAAUUUCUGGGUUUCCAGUUAUCUGCACAUUAUAAAUCAAUUGCCUGUUACUACUGAAGUCUGUACUAGUAGCAUUAACCAAAGCCUGGUCAGAAAAUGAUCCUGAUAUUAAGACAAAAUGGGUGACUUUUCUUUGUUCACUUUAUUUUCUUUUGAUUAAUAAAAUA